AUGUCGUUAUCUGAGGGUUCAUUUUUUGACAUAAGUCGUUCAGCAGAGGAAGGCCGAUUAGGCCAUAGCAGCAGGAGCAGCAGCAGCAGGAGCAGCAGCAGGAGCAGCAGAAGCAGCAGCCGUAGCAGAUCAUUUUCUUCUACCUCUUCCUCUUCCCCUCCACCAUCAGCAGCACAGCCAUCAGCACCAUCAGCACCAUCAGCAGCACCAGCAACAGCAGCAGCAGCAGCAGCAGCAGCAGCAGCAGCAGCAGCAGCAGCAGCAGCAGCAGCAUUCCGUCGCCGGCAGCAACCAUUACCAAUUGCUACUUCUGCUGCUGCUGCUGCAGCAGCAGCAGCAACAGCAACAGCAAGAACAACACCUACUGCUGCAGCAGCACAUAACGAUUCCCGUCAUAGCACUCGUGCUCACAAACAUGCAGCAGCACGACGAGCAGCAAGGAGCAAACACAAUGCUGCUGCUGCUGCUGCUGCUGCUGCAACAGCUGCAACAGCUGCAACAGCUGCAACAGCAGCAACAGCAGCAACAGACAUUGAAUUGUGUGACUUGUCUCCAGCUGCAACAGACAAUGCCAACGAACAGCAGCAGCAGGAGCAGCAGCAGCAACAGCAGCAACAGCAGCAGCAGCAGCAGCAGCAGCAGCAAAAGGAUUUGAAUAAGGACCAUUUUGCUGUCAGUAGCAGUUCAUCGGAUGCUCCUGCAGCAGAUGCAGCAGCAGAUGCAGCAGCAGCAGGAACAGAUGCAGCAGCAGCAGAUGCAGCAGCAGAUGCAGCAUCAAUGGAUAAAGAAGAGGAUAAUACUGGUAGAAUUGUAUUGGUGCAGCAGCAGCAGCAGCACACAGCAAAUCGCAGCAGCAGCAUAGACAGCUGGGAGACGGAGAGUGAGCGAACUCUACGUACAACAAGCAGCAACAGCAGCAGCAGCAGCAGCAGCAGUAUAAUGAGCAGCAACAGCAGCAGCAGCAAUGAUAGUGACUACAGCAGCAGCAGGAGACCUCAUUAUACACCGCAAAGUGGUCGUAUACGUCGUCAUCAUAUCCGUUCAUUACGCCACCACCGUCUGCUGCUGCAGCAGCAACAGCAGCAGCAGCAGCAGCAACAGCAGCAGCAGCAGCAGCAGCAGCAAAACCAUAACUAUAUGCGCAACAAUACCCAUGAGACCCAUCGUCUGAAUGAGGGUAACGAGAUAGAGCUGAUGCAGCAGCAGCAACAGCAGCAGCAACAGCAGCAGCAGCAGCAAGAAGAACAAGAAGAAGAAUAUGAAUUAUGUGAAUUAUGUGGUAUAUGGGACAAAGCCUAA